GUGGUGGUGUGGCGACAGCUGUCGGGGCCGCCUUUGUCUCCCUAUAAUGCUGACGUUUUAUACACCACACUCGGUGCUCAUUUGAUGGCUAAUCCACCUCGGGGUAGAACUGGGGUCGGCUUAUUCAGAUAUUCGCCGUCACUGUUAUUGGCCGUCGUGAGCGAAAAUCGGAACUCGGAUCGCCGGGUUCGAAGCGCAGUGCAGCGCGCUAAUCACUGCGCCACCACUCCACCCACCGCACGCCCCGUGCACACUGCGUAUGGACAGGCGUCUACUGUAUAUACAGUACGUUCAGGAGAGCUCGAUGCCGAUGCUGCUGGGGCUUCAGGAGGUUUGUGCACGCAGUAGCCGAUGGGCUGUGUGGACGGGCGUCUCCGCGGUACGUGGACUAUGGGCACGUGUGGAGCCCGAGCGAGUGGCUCUCCGUGGUGCAGCAAACGCAGCGCGCCCUUCUGCAGGCCGUGCAGGAUGGCCCCGGCAAAACGGAGGUGCGUGCAGCGGUGGCCGCGUGCUGGUCAAGUCAAGAGUGAUCCGGCUCAAGUGAACAUUGAGGAGCAGCCAGCCGUGCCGCGCAGCGUGGAGGCGUGCGUCGGCGUGCGCCGAGAUGAGCUCCGCUCCGCUGUGACGUUGUCAUCGCUUGCACUGGGGAGUGCGCAGCUCCGCGACUUUGACUGGAAACUCAAGCUGGCACUCUCAAGCGACCGCCACUCCGCGCUGCAGACACCGCUGCUGGCGCUGGCACUCGACGUACAACGUCACGACCCUCCGCACGAUCCGCGCAGUGCGGUAUGCGACACCUCACGUGAUGCUGUGACUGUGGAGCUCUCUGCCGCAGAGCUGGGCACCCUCAUCACGGCCUUGGAGAACGCCAGCAAGGUGGUGCAACAGCUGAAGUGAACCUGGACAUGAUUUGAAGAUAACCCGUUGGCCGGCAUUCCUACACCAACGCGGGCCAAUACCUGUGUACUAUUAAGAAUAAUGAAAGUAAUCAUCAGCCAACUGUCGAACCCUUCUGAUACUGGUCUUUGUGAUAAGUGUAUUGCGAAUACGUUUUUAAACAUGUUUAUAGCAUUUCACUUGGAAUUGAUUUACAUUGUAAUAUUUUCAAACAUUGUCCACAUUAAAUUAUAAAAAUGCACAAUGAAUCCCAAUGUAGCAGGACCCUCCUGAAAA